AUGCCAUCACAAUCCCUAACUGCUGCGGUACUUGAUUGUCACAAAGUCAUACCUCCUAAAGUACCCAACUUCUCCACCAUCGCCAAAGAACACAAUGUCGUACGCACCACCCUUAGUCGCAACUACUACAAAUCCCUCCAUGAAAUCCCACCUGAUGGUCGAUCCAACCAAUCGCAUCUUGAUGAACAUGAGGAAGCUGUCCUAGUAAAGCGUGUUCUUGAAUUGGGAAAACGUCGACUCUAUCCCACUCCUGCCAUCCUGCGGAACAUGGCUUACGAGAUUUGUGGUACCCUUCCGUCUAGCAAGUGGGCAACUUGCUUUAUAGAUCGACACAAGGACCAAAUCAAGUGCAUGAGGGUUCAUGGGAUGGAGAAAUCACGGCAUACGGCUGAGUACAAACCAAUCUUUGAGGAAUACUUUGAUAUUGUAUGCGAAAGCUGGACUUCCGAGGUUCUCCCAAGUGAUGAGACCUUUAUGGCUGCUUCGGAAAAAGGGUGGACAGACGACAAUCUUGGGCUUCAAUGGCUAACCGAGGUUUUUGAUAAAAGUACUGCUUCAAGACAACUAUGGCGUCGUCUUCUUAUCGUCGAUGGACAUUCAAGUCAUGUCAACUACACUUUCCUGCAGCUUUGUGAUUCACUUCGCAUUGCGGUCUGCAUUCUUCCUCCACACAGUACCCAUCUACUUCAGCCAUUGGAUGUUGGCGUCUUCUCACCGCUUUCCUCCCACUACACUACUGUCUCCACUCAACUGUCUGUCGCUUGGGAAGGUAGAGUGGGAAUGAGUAAAGCACUCUUUUACCUUAUCUUCAAGCAAGCAUGGGCUAAUGCUCUCUCGGAAUCCACCAUACGACAUGCUUUUGCGAAGGCGGGCAUCCAUCCAAGGAAUCGUAAUGUGGUAAUCGAUUCUGUCUUCACCCGUCCGAUAACCCCACCCCCCAAAGAGCAGACUGGGCCGGUCCAGUCAUUCUUCAAUCCACCCAGUUCUCCCCUCAACGCCAGCGGUUCAGUCAAACUCAUGCAUCGAAUGCGCAAAGGUGAAGUCACACCUGACUACACAAGUGGGAAAUUGUACAAGGCAUUCCGGUCUUUAUCUGCGGAUCAUCACCUCAUGAAAUCAAAGUUGGACAAUCUGGAGCAGGCGAUAUCACACACAAGGAGAAAGAAGACGACUCGAAAAAGGUGGGGUAGCAUUCUUAGGGCCACAACAGUUUCAAGAGGCAGGGAGGCGUUUGAUCGAGAGGAAGCAGAAGCGGAGGAAGCAGAGAGAUUGAAGGUUGUUGCUGCAGAGGAGCGUGCAGAGAAGAAGAGACAACAGGAGGAAGCAACAAAGGUGCGAAGAGUAGCAGUAGCUGCGGCUAGAGCUGAGAAGAAGAGGAAGCAGGAAGAAGAAAAGGAGAAAAAGAAACAAGAUCGUGAGCUCAGGAAAGCGGAGAAAGCGCUACAAACAUUGGCUGCAUUUGAAGCAAAAAGAUCUGCGGGUUUGUCUAGACAUAGGGGAGCCGGAGGUUCGAGAACAGGCGCAGGACAAUCCUCCAUGUCAGUGGAUGUGGCUAUAGAAGAGGUGCCGCAGUUUCCUGAUACCAAAGUGCCAGAUAUCUGGACUAUACAGACAAAGAUUAUGCAUGUUAAAGAUGAUUUUCCAUGUAGUUGCUACCAGUUGAAGGAGUGUGCAAAGUAG